AUGCUGUCGGUUAUCCUUUUGAUGUUCUUCUACGUGGCGAACGGCGUUCUGGUGCCGAUUCCGGAUUUCGAACCGGAAGAAAGUGUCCGGCAGGUGCUCGGCCGGCUUCCGCCUUGGGUAAAAUUGAAAUUCGUAAUUAAAUACGUAGAUCAUGGUCACAAUUGAUGAGAUUCUAUCUACAUGAAGAAAGAAAUUUAUUCAUUCAAGGUUUUGAAAUCGAGCGAUUUUUUUCUCAAAAAAAUGUUCGUCCUACUUACAGAAAAUUAGUGAUAUUUUCUUCAAAGUUUCUAGUUUUUGAUCGAUUUUUUAAUCGAUUUUUCAGAGGUCGUUCAGCUUGAUAUUUAUCACAAAAUUGCUUUUUUAUCAACAUUUUGUUUUACAGAUUUCCAACGUCUUUGACUCGAUUGAAGUUUUGCGGCCGGGCCGAUUAGUGCCUGGCAAGGUUCGCGUAGAAGUAGACGAGGCCGGCCGCAAAACCGUGUACGCCGCAUCGGCCGUCGACGCUCUUUAUGGAAUAAAUGUGGGUAAUUUUCGCGAUAGAGCGCGCUUAACGUUGGAAAAAAGAGCCGUGGAAAAUGGCUUGUAAAUGAAGAAAGGUAAUAGACUUUAUAGACUGCCCUGAGAACAUCUGGAUCAACAAAAAAUAGCCUAAAAGUAUGAACUUGCAAAAAAUUAGAGAAGAAUAGCGAAAAAUGAUCCUCAAAAUAAAACAAAGAAGACUUUUCAAAAAAUGACGAAAGGGGCUUUGAAGAAUGAGCCUGUGAAAAAAUAGCCGUUUGGAAAAAAUAUUCAAUAAUCUCAUGUCUAAGAAGAGAUUCAUUUUUUUCAAUCAAAAGAUAUUUUUUUAGAUGUUCUUGCGUCAAAAUUGCUUCACGCAAAUCACCUGGACGAACAGUUCGUUCAGCGGCGGAUGUCCGCCCAUGGAAAGCCUUAUAUUUCAAUACGAGUCCCCAAAGUGAACCUGAAAUUUGAAAAAAAUUCUCAUAUUUUAUUUUAGAAUACGGUAUUUUGGUAACAUGUGCACAUAUUCGUACUCAUCGCCGUGGUGGGGCUGGCAACAGUGGGAACUGUUCAUCGAUUGGCUUGCUUUGAGUGAGUUUCUAGCGUGGAGAUCCUGAAUUUUCCUCUUAAUUUCAACAAAAUUCGAAGCGAAAGUUGAAAUGAAAAUUUUAGGAUUUGACAAACUGACAAUUUUUUCUCAUGAAUGAAGCUUCUGAACUUUUCAAAACUCCUUUUUCAAAAAUCCGGAUCUAGGGGAGCCAUACAUUUUCUCAUUUUUCUUAAUUUUAAUAAAGUUUAUAUAAGCUUUCAUGAGGGCCAUAUAAAGCAAUUGUUGAACUUUUUAAAGAGUCGUCUCCGAUUUUCCAACUCGAAUAUACACUUGCGUAGUUUUGAACCCUUCCCAACACAUUUUUUCAAAACUUUGAGUGAACUAGAAGAGGUAGAGCCUAAAAAUCUGCUUAUAAAGGGUUCAAAACUUUUCCUACUUUUUUCUUAGGUCUUCUGAACUCUCCGCAACUCGUUUUUUUGGAGACUCAUUUUUUUAAGAGUUUGAGUCGACAAGAAAGUGUCCAGUCGAGCAAUUAGCCCAAAUUCGCAUCUAGAGGAGCCAUUUGUUACCUCGUUUUAAUGGUGAGCUAAAUCAGGCGAACCUAAAAAACUCUUAAACUUUUCUGGCCUAAAAGUCCUCUCUCUUUCUGCGUAGGGCCUCUGAACUCUCCACAACUCAUUUCUCAAAAGUUUGAGUCAACAAGAAGAAAUUUUGAGACGGCUUCAACACGGUGCUGAUGCCGUUGGGACAGGAGGCGGUUUGGCACGACGUGUUCGCUUCGUUCGGCGUCCCCGGGGAGGACCUCCAUCGCUACUUCACGUCACCUUCCUACACGGCCUGGUGCGCCAAAAUGAGAUAAAUAUCGAGGAAAACUUCCGCGUUUUCAGGCACAGAAUGGGUAAUUUGAAAGGGUGGAAAGGAGGAUCGUCGGACGCGUUGUUGCGACAAGAACUGCAGCUGGCUCAGCGAAUCGUGGCUCGUCUGAGGGAGCUUGGAAUCGUGCCAAUCCUCCCCAUGUUUUCUGGAUUCGUGCCAGAAAGCAUCGCACAGUUGGGAAUCUGUUGAGAGGACGGAAGUUGAGGGGAUCUUUCAGAAUCUUCCCGAAGGCGCGUUUUGUUCGGAAUAGCUGUUGGAACGACUUCAACUCGACCUACAGUUGCCUGCUGUCCGUGGCUCCGAACGAUCCUUUGUUCAAACGUAUUGGAACGGCUUUCCUCCAAGCGGUAGGGUUUUAGAAAGCUUCAGAGCUUGCUGGUCAACCAAAAAUCCCUAUUUGGGAGUGGAAAAAUCCUUUUUCUUUCAGCAAUCGGCAGCUUUUGGUGACAGUACUCAUCUCUACAGUGCGGAUCCGUUUAAUGAGCUCAAGCCGAGUCAAGACAAAAAAGAACUGGCCGAUGCAGCUUCAGCCAUUUCGUCCACGUGUCGCGAAUUCGAUCCGGAUUGCGUUUGGUGGGAUUUUGAAGGGCUCUGAGACUUUGAAAUUGAAAAAAAAUAAUAAUUUGUAAACUUUUUCGCUUCUUGGACAGGAGAGAGUUUGAAGUUAUUUUUUUUGAAGGUUUCUCGGCAACGAAAACCAGACGCGCUUCAGACUUUUCUGAGCAUUUCUAGGGAUCACUUAAGAGUUCUGAAGCUACUAGAGUGGUCACUAGAAAAGCUCCAACACGUGCGUCCGUUUUGCGUUACCGAGGUCCGAGAAUGCUCAAAGUAAUUUCGCGGAAAUCAAAGUUUUCUCAAAUUCUUCAAAACCUGGUUAUCUUUUUCACUCUCUGACGGUUAUUUUGCGUUCCCCGGGGUUGAUUCGAACACGGCAUAAAUAUAAGAAAGAAGUCAUUUUUCGUGCAAACUUUCAUAAUAAUUAUUUCAGGGUCACCCAAUCCUGGCAGUUCACCUACAAGAAAUGGCCAUCGUGGGCCGUCAAGUCGUUUCUUUCAGGUUUCUUUUUUUGUUGUUUUUGUUUUUAUUCGGCGUCUUAAGCUUCUGCGUAAUCGUUGCCCACGUUAGGCUUGAAUCAAAUAUCAGACGCUGAGCUGGCCUCCGCAUUUCUAGGAUCCAAAAAGAAAUGAUUAGGUUCCUUCAGAAUCUAGAUCUUUGACGGAAUAAUAUUUUUUUCCAUUUCAAGUUUAAAAAUAAUUUUUUUCCAAAAGUUAAAAAGUUAAAAAAAGUAAAGAGAGAUUUUUUUCAGAAGAAUAAAGAGAAGAAUGAAAAAGAAAAAAUAGAAAAAAAUCAACUAAUGGAACUUGAAGCUUUUUUUUAUUUAGUCACCCACCAGUUUUUGUAUAGUCUGUGUGCCGCGACUUUAAAUUCCAUCGAACGACAUUCCGCUGUUCCGCUGCGUGCGUUCGCGAAGCGUCUUUCGAAUCUAGGUCACGCUUUAAACUGAUUGUUAUUGCUGUAGGAGCACAUGAAAGUAGAGUACCUUAAUAAAUAAUAAAAAAAUAAAAUAAAAAGCGCGACCAAGGUUCGCAGAGGCGCGCAGCGGAACAGCAGGAUGUCGUUCGGUCAAAUUUCAAGUCGUGGCAUACAGACUAUAAUAACCCUUUCUAUUUCGAAAUUCCAAGGAAUUUGAAGACUCACGAAAAUUGGAAUUUCAGCCGUCCCUGUUGGUCAUCUACUAAUUCUGGAUCUUCACGCCGAGGUCGAACCAGCGUGGCGGAAAUUUUCCUCGUUCUACGGUCAUAACUUCGUCUGGUGCCUUCUUCACAACUUUGGCGGUACCCGUGAGCUUCGAGGCAAUCUCAAAGCCGUCAACAAGGUCCUUUACGCACCGUAAAUCCGAAUAUGAAAUGGUUUCACGGGCCGUAAACUCUCAUGCUUCUCCAUAUGGCCGUUUAGAAAGGCCAUAUGAACAAGGAUUUAUGUUCUUUGCCCGGGGGAUUUGCGUGUUUUUGGCCCAGGCCAAAGAUUCUCGUCAAAGGUGACGUGGGGGCAAAAAUAGAGCUUGAACUUUUUUUGAAGUUUCCUGCGCUUUUCAGAAGAGAGAAAUAUUCCAAAUGGGAUCUAUUUACAGAUUUCUGAAGAUUAAGAUGUAACCAGUAAACGAAGUUAAUUUUGGUUUCAAAGAGAUUUUAUCAGUAGAUUUGUUGUUAAUGAUGGUUUCAAAAAAGAGGAUAUUAUUGAAAAAGACGUCAGCAAGCUGAGAAGAGAAUUUGUGACAAAAAAAAUUUUAAGAUGAGGGAAAAAUGGCAUGAAAGUAAGUUAUCGCCUAGAACUUUUGAUAUUUUAUAGAAUAAAAAAAGUUCUAUGCCUUAUUUUUUCCAUAUUCUUUGAGUAAUGAGAAAAUUAUCUUCACUAGUUAGUGAGGCUCAAGUGGUCAUUUAAGAGUUUUCUCCACCAAUUUUUUUUAGCUUAAAAGUUCUGAAGUACUUUACAACUUCCGCUUCACAGGCAAAGUCCAAAUGACCUCAAAAAGGCCUCAAAAAGAAGAGCAAAAAAAGCUUCAUUUGAGUUCCUAAACAGGUUUCAAAAGUUUCUCGGAAUCUCCGUUUUUCACCCUUUUUUCGCCUUCCUUUUUUAAAUCUCCUUGAAAGAUUCUUUUCAGAAAAAGGUCUAAAAAAGGCGCCUUUGAGGCUUUUUAAAGGCCUUUUUGAGGCCUUUUUCGGCUUUGCCCGUGUUGAAGGAAAGCAACAUUACAUAAAGAUUACGGUCAUUGUUGUUUUAUUUAUGAAAGAAUUUUUUUCAUUUUCGGAACCGACAAGAUUUUUUUUGUUUAGGGUUAUCAACUUGCUCUGGCGACGCAACCAAAUAUGGUCGGCGCUGGGCUUUCAAUGGAGGCGAUCGAUCAAAAUUACGUCGUCUAUCAAUUCGCAAUCGAUCGAUUCUGGUCCAAAAAUAUGAUUUCUGUUCCAGAAUGGUUGGUUUUUUUCCAUUCACACAGGAAAAUGAGAGCAUUGAACUAGGCCCAUUUGAAAAAAAAAACAAGUGGCAAAAAAUUUUCAGCUUUUCCAAAUAUUCAAACUCCUCACCUUUUUCAAGAAUCAUUCUAUCAAUAUUUUGAAAGGUGAUCCGUAGGCUCUCUUGAUAGUUCAGCUACAGUAACCUUACAGUAUUCUCCGGCUUCAGGAUAGAUACCUACGCUGAUUCGAGAUACGGUGGCACGCAUCAAAGUGUGCGAAAAGUUUGGUCUCAACUGGCGCAGACACUUUACGACGAGCCGUUGACCUCAUCUCGGUCUACAGUAUUCCUCUACCAUAGACCUGGGUUCGGAGGCAAGAUUACGGUGGGUUGUGGCUCGAGAGGAAGUUUUGAAUUGGGUAAAUUAGCUUCGUUCUAAUUGGACUUAGGAACUCCAGAUUGGUUCCUAUAGGGGCAAUUUCAAUGACCACUUCACUUACCCCUAUAGGGACCACUAAAGCUUGCGAAAGUGGUCCCUAUAGGGGUUUUAGUUAGUGGCAUCUGUAGGGGUCAUGCUUGUCGAUAAUUUUCAUGUACUGUAUGCGAAGAAGCACCAGAAAAAAAAAUUAAAUAAAUGAGCGUUUUUUUAAAACAAAGUUGCAAGACCCCUAUAGGGGUCAUUUAAGCUUUAGGGGCUGAGUGGUCUGACACUAAACCCCUAUAGUGACCACCUUGAUUUUACCUCUAUAGGGACCACUCUGGAUUUCCUAAGAAAGCCUCGGAAUUUGCAUAUCAGUUGGACAAUAGUUCGAAAACUUUCUGUAUCAUUAAAUUACAUCAUUUUUUACCUCCGAAAUGAUUUUUCGCUUAUCCAAUAAACUCAAAAUACCCGAAAUCGUGUUAAAAAUGUUUUUAUACUACUCAUCUCGAAAAGUUGAAAAUAUUUUUGCAGAGCAUUUACGAUAAUCCAAAUUCGAAUUCAAUCCCACUUUAUCUCUUACCUGAGAUACUACAGAAAGUAUAUAAGGAAAGGAUUUUUUUAAUGUCUCAAAAAAAUCCCACAAGCUCAAGGCUUAAGUUUCACGAGAGCAUGUUGAAUGUUAUUUUGUUUUUCCUGAAGAUUAUUUCCGAUUUUCAAAGACUUUGAGAAAAAAGAGUUGUUUUUUGAUGAUUGAAAAAUGCGCUCCCAAUAUUGAAAAAUUAUUCAGUAUUGGUCUUUCUCAAGUUUAAUUAGAAGAAAGUUUGUUUGGAGAUGAGAAAAAAAUUAAAGCAUGAUUUUUUCAGUACUGGUUCCCCAGCGGAGCUCUACACAGAAUCGCUUUGCAGUUUUCGUAUUUGAAGUCGCAUUUGUGGAAGAAUCCUCUGUUUCGGUGAGUUUAUAAAAAUAGAAAACGGUUAUUGAGAUGAUGGGUACAGUUUUCUUAAUUACCAAGUUUAUUGUCCAAAAUUAGGCUAAAUAAUAUUUUCUUUAAAGUUUUUUUUGUGACCGCUGAAGGAUAUUCUUUUUUUAAAUUUUCAGAUAAUUUUUUUAUUUCUAUGAGCGUUCGAGAUGAGAAAAAUGAAACAAAUAAUUCACUUAAUAUGUUAUAAAAUGGAAAUCUUUAUAGAGUUCUAAUAGGAAAUCCAGCGCCCGUAUAUGUAACUUUUCCUUCUUGAAAGCUAGUUGAAUGCCUUUUCACAGUACUUUUUUCGAGUUCAAAACUGAUUUUUUGAUUUUUUUUUUUUUCAAUUCUUUCACUCGUUCCAGAGAAGACAUGAAGGACGUCCUGAGGACCUCGAUCCAACUGCGGAUGAGCGAAGAACACGUCCUGAAGAUCUACGAGGCCUACGCCCUCGACGACAAGCUUCAGGUCGGCGCCAGCUGCUCCAAUCUUCUCGAAUCGUUCGCUGAGCUUGAACUCUACGCCAAUGUCCGGAUGGGCGAUUGGAUUGGUGGGUUUUGCGAAAAAAGGCUGGAAUUUGUCAUUCUUUAAAUUUUUACAUAACUUUCUCUCUACUUUUGAAGGAUCUUUUUUCAAAAUUAGAAUGUCAAGUGCAAUGACGUCAUUAUAAAGCUCUGUGGAUGGCUCGCUCUCUGAUUGAUUUAUCGCAUCAUUAGGGGCGGAGCUUGAGCGACGACUUGACAUCCAAACUCUAAACAGACUCUAGCAGAAAUCACUUAAGUGAAAAAUUCCAAUCUUUCGCCUCUUCAAAGUUCCUCUCAACUUUCCAGAAUCUUGAAUUUUUUGAAAUUUUUGUUGGAGGGUCUUUUGAAAAAGAAGUGAUCUCUUCUGUACUUCUAUAUUAAAUUAUUAAAUUUCAGCUUCGGCAAGAGCGAUCGGAAACACUGCCGCUGAAAAAGAUCAACUUGAAGGAAAUGCUAGAGAUUUGCUGACCACUUGGGGACCAGACGGUCAAAACCUAGGUUAGCAAGAAAAUUUCAAUGAGAAAAGCGAAAAAGUUUGAAUUUUCCAGAUUACGCCCAUCGGGAAUGGUCUGGCCUCUUUCUGGAGUACUACGCACAACGGUGGUCGUUCUUUUGCGAUUGGUUGAUUCGAUCGGAGCGAUUCAACGCUUCUGCUUAUGAUCAAGCCAUUUUCAACGCCAUCGAGAAGAAUUACACUGAGAAACGAUGA